AUGGCAUCCCAAGGCGGCGGCGAGUCCGUCAACCUCGACAGCCUAAGCUCCCAACAGCUCAGCCAAGUAAAGAAGCAACUGGAUGAGGAGCUCGAACACCUAACCUCGUCCUUUACGCAACUCCACGCCGCCCAGUCCAAGUUCCGCGAGUGUUUGCGAUGUGUGCAAGGAGGGAAGACGCCUGCGCUUGAGGAGAACAAAGAUAUUCUCGUCCCCCUAACCAACUCCCUCUACGUCCGGGGCAAGCUCUCGAGCGGAACCCAUGUCAUUGUUGACGUCGGCACGGGUUUCUACGUCGAGAAAGACCUGAAGUCGGCGGCCAAGUUCUACGACGGCAAGGCGACGGAGUUGGGAGGAAAUAUUAAGGAGCUGGAGGCGAUAAUACAGCAGAAGACACAGAACGUUCGCUUGAUUGAGGAAGUUCUCAGACAAAAGAUGGCGACUGCCCCGCAACAGGCGCCUCAGUCAUAG